AACACGUGUCAGAUACUCCCACAUCCUUGCAGCUGCUCUUUGUGUUUAAGUGAACCCACAGUUUAGGUAGCUUAAAUACCAUGGAUCAUGUUUCCUUAGUGUUACUAUGGCAGUAAGAGCAAAGAGUGUAUGGACACUUCUGCAUGUGUGAAAGGUGUGCACCUGAAAAACUUCAGAGAUAUGGUGCUUUCAUUCCUAACAAUGUAGACCUCCCUCUUCCUCCCUGUGGACCAGCUAAUGGCUGAAACCCAAUACAGCACUGUCCUAUCCUAUGCUUAAAAUUUUGUUGCAGUUGUAUUUACUUUUUGGCUCUUGAGUAAAAAAAAAUAAAAAAAAAAUCUGUAAAUGAAAAGCAACAAGUGCUAUUUAGCACUUGCUGCUGCUGUUUCAUGUUGCUAGGUAACGGAUGCUGCUCUGUGAUGUGACUGAAGCUUGAGGUUCUUCCCUUGGGAGUCUCAUUCAGUUGGUCACUCUUCAGCUGGCUGGCUGGCAGGACAGUCUAGCUGCUAGGGUUCAGCUGAAAAAUUUACUCAAACUGAGAAAAAAGAAUUUAAAAUGGGGCUUUCCUCAUCGGAAACUUCAUGUGAUUCUGUUUUGGCCAAGAGAUUCGAUUUGUCAGGCUUGAAUUCUCUCCGUCCAGCGUGUGACGAAGCUAGUGACACUGCCUUUGGACCUCCAACAGAAGAAAGGUCUUUACAAAUUUCGACUAGGCAACCCUGGUCAAAAAGAGAGCAUCUGAAUUCACCUGAGAGCUCUAGCAAAGGCAAUGCCUCUCCAUGCUUCAGCUUUAUGAAGAAGCUCUGGGAUGUUAUUGAAAGCGGUCAGUUUGAGUCCAUUUGGUGGGGUGACAAUGGAAAGUGUGUAGUGAUUCAUGAAGAAUUGUUCAAAGAGGAAGUACUAGCAAGGAGAGGACAUCUGAGAAUUUUUGAAAGUGAGACCAUGAAAAGCUUCAGUCGUCAACUCCACCUGUAUGGCUUCAGCAGAAGGCUGUGGCAUUUUCCAAAAUCAGGCUCAAGCAAUGACUUGCUAGCAGAAGAAACAGCUAGGGAGUUUCACUUCUACUACAACCCAAAUUUUAGAAGACGUUUUCCGUAUCCGCUCAUGAAGUAUAAGCGAAGCUUUGGUCCAAGAAAUCAAACACCAGCAGGAUUUUCACCAGACAUGGAUUUGCAUGCACGCCACCAGAAGAGAAAACCAGACACUGAGCUUGCGUGGGAGACCACUUUCGAGGAGGAAAGCGGUCCGUUCACAGCAGGUCCAAGGGAGAAUGUGCACACCUCUGCACCCAGGAAGACCGCACCUGCCAAGCGACGUGCCUCUACAUCUGCACGAAGCGCUGCUCUGACACAUGCAGACCCUGCGGCAGCGGUAGGCAGGGAGAAGCUCAACCCUCUGGCCCCCUCCCUUUUCCCGCAGCACAGCAGCCCCGGCCCGGCUGCCGCUUCUGCUGCCGCUUCAUGGGGUUGUGCCGUGCCAGCCGUGCCCAACAGUCCCUUUCCACCAGGGCUGGCACCUCUCACCUCUCCAGCUGGGCUGGCAGCAGCCGCUGCUCUGUCUAUGCCAAGGCCACCUCAGGGCCAAACUCCACCAGACCACCGCUGCCUGACUUGCACUUGUGGUCCAAACAGUGGACCUGCAGGCCUUGGACCCUAACCCAGGGCACGCUAGGUGCCUUCUGCAGCUCUUCCAGAAGUUGUGUAGUCCACGGGAAUAGAGUCUCUUAAGUGUUCCAGUAAACUAUCUGAAUAAAAAGCC